AUGUUGUCUUACGUUGCCCUUUCUUUGUUGUGUAUUACAGUUACGGCCGGGUUGUCUGCUCUUACUGAUGACGGAAUUCAGAACGUCACCAGUCUGCUGGGAGAGGAAGCGGGCGGAAAACCAAACACAGAUGUCUUCAGACAGCUGCUAAACCAGGAAACCUUGAUCAGAAUGGCGCUGGUGAAAAACGUCCACGCCCUGAUGAAGGACAUGGUAGAAAUUAAACAAACGAUGGUUGUUAACGACGGAAGACUCCGGAACGCUGAGAAAGAAAUCUUAGUUCUCAAACAAGAGGUACAGACACUGAAGACUGAAAACCAACAUAUAAAGGAGCAGGCUACUAAAUUUCAACAGGGAUUUACCGACUUUGAUAAAAAGUUUGAAGAAACUGGGGAAAAAUUCACUCAAGUCGCAAAUAGUCGCGUUGAAUAUGAGAGGGAAUUGGACUCAAAAAGACGGGAAUAUGAGAAUAACACUUCCGGUAUACUGGACGAUAUAAAAACAGAAGUUCGUUAUUUGUCAGUGACUCUGUUAGAUCUAAAUAAACACACUCUAGAGUUGGAUAAAUCUAUUCCAAAUUUCAUCGACGAUAAAAUAACUCUUUUCUCUGGAAAGCUGAACAUUUCACUUGAAAAUUUAAGCGAAGAUAUAGCAGCAUCUUCUUUUCACAAUGAGCAGUUGUCAAAAAAUAUGUCUACCUUGAAAAAAAGUCACAACAGUCUUAUGAGAAUGAUCUCAGACGACCUUAAUAAGACAAUUCAUGGUUUGAAAGAGGACGUUGAACAAUCCCAGAAUAACCAGCAACAAUUGUCGUCUGCUGUGGCGACCUUGGAAAUUUUCAAACUGAACAUGUCCUUGAACAGCUGUGGUAAGACUGAUCACGUGGGGUUUACUGUUGGUAUGACGAGUCGGCACACCACCUGGGCUGGAAGUACCUUAGUAUUUCCUCAUGUUGUCUUCAAUAACGGAAAUGGAUACAACCCCAGCACUGGGAUAUUUACUUCACCCACGGAUGGUACUUACGUCUUCUUUGUAAAUGUUAACGUUUAUGGUGCUAAUUAUAUUUAUUUAGACAUUGUUCUUAACGGGAGUUCAAAGGUCAGGACAAUGUCGCACAACACUGCACAGUAUAUGACAGGAACAAAUAUGGCUGUUCUCCAGCUGGUGAAGGGCGAUAGUGUAUGGGUUAAACUUCACGAUGGGAAAAGCUACUAUUCCCAUUCUGUACCCAUAACAACCUUCUCUGGUUUUCUCUUAUAAUAACAGCAGCUUGUGAACGGAAAACUUAAUAAAAUUAAUUUGUAAUGCGUUUA